AUGGAUCCAUAUUCAUCCUUGAGCUUCCUCUUCUCGAUCUUCCUCUUGCUAUCUCCAUUUUUCAAUCCUUCAAACUGCCAGCAAAGUUACCUGAACAACACACAAUUAGAGUGCGAAGAAAACCAUUCUAUAUCAAAAGGCUAUCUCUGCAAUGGUCCUGAAACUUCAUGCCAAUCCUUCAUAACAUUUCGCUCACAGCCACCUUAUGAUUCCCCCGUCAAGAUUGCCUAUCUUCUAGGCUCGGAAGCCUCUGGUAUCGCUUCGAUCAACAACAUAUCGUCGAAUAACGACACGAUCCCGCCUGGUAAAUUAGUAAUUAUUCCUGUUUCUUGUUCCUCCAGUUCAGGUAGCAUUUACCAGCACAACACGCCUUAUACGAUAAGAAGCAAUGAGACAUAUUUAUCAAUCGCCAAUAACACUUACCAAGGCCUCACUACUUGCCAGGCUCUCAUGGGGCAGAAUUAUUAUGAUGAACUGAGUCUUGAGCCUGGUUUGCAGCUAACUGUUUCGCUGCGAUGCGCCUGUCCGAGCGCUAACCAGACGGGGAAUGGCGUGAGCUCGUUGCUGGCUUAUAUGGUGACAUGGGGUGACUCUUUUGGAUCAAUUGCAAAUCUUUUUGGGGUUGAGGAAAAAAGCAUCCCGGAGGCUAACAACUUGUUGCAGGAUAGUGUGAUUUUUCCCUUUACUCCUCUUUUGAUUCCAUUGAAAAGGGAAAGUUGCUCUAAAAAUNCUCAGGCAGCUCGUAUGUGUUCUGUUCGCAUGUAA